AAUCCAGAUCAGAUCAGUCUGGCCAGUCAUUCGUGAAUGUGAUGAUCGUUAAGUAGCAGUGUUAUUGUCAUUCAGUUCCUUCACUUCCCCCUCCCCCAUCAAACUUCCUAUUUGCAUCGUUUUCGAUACAUUAGCUCGUUCGUUAUUAUCCUACGUCCGGUAAAACUAGACGCAGGUUCAUCAAGUAAAUUAUGUCAAACGUAGUAGUUUGUGGUAUUAACGUGAGAGAGUGAUUAUCUCGGUCUCGGUACGAUAAUAGUAUUAUAAUAUUCAUUUUUCUCGUUAGAGAAGUCAACACAUCUACAUACAGACACACACGCGCGCGCGCGCACCACGAUUGAAGCAGGAGUUCUAUCUGCCGUGUUUAACGGUCUACUAUCUCAUACAAAUGUAUAUAUAUCGUUUGAGAUGUAAAAUCAGUGUUCCUUUGGUUCUCUUUCGUAUUCGUCCUCACGCAAAUGCGUACACUUGUGGGCCCUUUUUUGCUGUGGAGGGAAUGCUGACGCUGCAACAUCCUUCAGUGCGGAAGAUCGGCAAAAAAUGGGGUCGAAGCGACGACGUAUCAGAAUAAGACGAGGACCGCUAACGUAAUCGAUUUACAGCGCGUCGAAUAGGAAAGAUGAUGAUCGCCAUGGCCAGGUUGCCCUGUAAGCAAUCCUCGCCUUCGCAACAGCAAAGAGUGAAUAAUUUCGGAAAUAGUCGUAAUUCGUAUUGGGAUAUUCAAGCUAGGGAUCCAACACCACCUUACGUUAGAAAUCAUCAUCGGCACGUUGAUCACACAGGAAAACGUAAGAGUGCAGUGGAAUUAUUGCAAGAGACGAAAGCAUUUUACGUGAAAAGCGAGACCGUGCUGGAUCGGAAACAGGAACUCAAGAAUAGCGGGCAUCUUCAAGUAUCUCAGCUAAGUGCAUCUAGCGCACCACCUAGGUUACUUAGGAAGUGUGGAAAUACAGCUGUACCGUGCUCGAUACAAUCACCCUCGCCGUCACAAAUAUCUAAUCCUGUAACGCCACCCUGUUGUUGGGCCACGUGUCAUGAUCAAGAUAGAACAGAUGGGAUUUUGAGUCCUCAACAAACACUGCCACCCGCGCUGCCACCAAAGAGCCCACGCUUAGUCCCUCUUCCGCAGCGGCGCACUAUUUCAGGGCCACCGAGUGUUACGAGCGGGGAUCAAUUGCAGACGAAAUUACGGAGAUUACUCAACACCGAUAGCAAGGAGAACGUCUUCUUCCCGGAAAGCCCAACUCAGGCAUGCCUUCAAACGACGAACGGCGUUGUCACCCGCGAGGAAAAGUUCAAAUAUUCACCUGGCAGCCUGUCCCCUGGCUGCCGAGACGAUGACCGUGCGUUGCAUUGUACACCGCCAGACAUUCGCUUCAAAUUUGGUCGAAGUAAUUCGCAUUCUCAUACGUCUGGUCCAGCAAGCAGAAAAUCCAUACCUUCUCCAUCGGCAGAGAACACAAUUUGUCAUAAAUCUUUGCCUGAUCUUCACACCAGUACGCAUCGUCGAGCUUCGUUAUCGCCACGUACGUCGACAAAAUCAUCUGCCAAACUACUUGGACAUCAUUAUGGAGCUAACAAUUGUCCAGAUUGCGAGACUAGUUCGGAUUAUUCCGAACAUAGUUUCAAACGUGAUGCUGUCUAUUAUCGCAGUACGCGUCACAUCAGACGUUCGUUUGGCUCUGGCGGUGGGGAUGCCAGUAGUGUUUUAUCAUCCGGUGGCAGAACACAGAAAUCGUCUGGUUCAAGUAAAUUGAGUCAUGGCGCUACCGCAAGAGAUUCUGGUGGAUCCUCUGGGCAUUGUACUCAUCGUAGUGAACCACCACCAAGGUUACAGGAUUAUUGGACUCACGUACGUAGAGACAGUGGUGCAUCGACCCAACAUUCGACUGAUAAAAAUCGUUCGAGAAAGGGCAGUUAUGCCAGUGGUACACCACCUUCUGUCGUGAGACAUUAUAGUUCUGAUACUGAAAGCAGCGAGAGUCAAACUGAUUACAGUCCUACUUGUAACUCUAGAUUCUCAGACGGUUGGAAGGAAGGACGUGGUAGACCAAUUUUGAGAUCAAAAUCUGAUAUAAGCGAUCGUUAUUGGAGGCAAGAUAAUGGUAGAACGUGCAAGUUAUCAGCACGUGCACCGCGUUCGGUGACACUGUUGGAGAAUUUCUUUGAUUAUUUGGGUUUAGAUUUAGAGAAUUAUCAACUUAUUACUGAACCCGAUUCGAAAUCUUCGUCACCUGUAUUCUUCGAUAGUGUUAGCUCGGUCGACUCAGCGUCGGGUCUUUAUUCUUGGAUUGGAAAUAAUCAGGCAAAUCAGGGUAGUCAAUGGCAGAAUAAUAAUUGUAGCAUUGGUAUGGGUAAUGACGAUUUUAAUCAAAGAGUUAACGAUCCACCUAGUAUCGUUGAACGAAAUGCUCGAAUUAUUAAGUGGCUUUGCCAAUGUCGUAAGGUACAGUUUGGUUACAGUUAAAUAUUGCGAUGUUUCUCUUGGUAAGUUAUGAUAUUUUCAAAGACUAUUUAAUUUUAGACUCAAGCAUAUGUUUUUCUCUUCAUUUUUUAUUCAUUAUUAUCAGUUUUAUGUAAAUUAUUUCAACAUUUGUUUUGUAUAGUUAAAAGGGCAAUCGUUAACUUUCUAAUAGUUUUAAAUUGCUUAUAUGCCUUUUUUCUUUCUUUGUUUUUUUUUUCUUUUUCUUUUUCUUUUUUUUUUUUUUUUUUUUUUUUUUUUUCUUUUUUUUUUUCUUUUUCUCUUUUUGAAUAGUUAAUUCCAGAGAAAGGUGUGCCAUUCACAAUACGUUUCUUAUUCAAUUGCUGCUUGCUCAUUUUUGAUUCGUUCGUUCAAUUUUAGUAUAUUUUAUAUCAUAUCUUAUGUUUCUAAUUAGUAAAAAGUCAUACGGAGAAGUAAUUGUUAUGAUGGAUAUUUCUUCGCAAACAGUUAUUUUUUGUUGAUGAUAUCCUUAUUGAAAAGAUUAUGGUUACUAUAAUAGAAAUGAGAUCUGAGAAAAUGAAUUUUUUUAUUCAUUUUUUCUAUGUAUAUAUUUGAAGAGUUUAAUUGAUGUUUUUUUUCCUUUUAUAUACAUACAUACAUACAUACAUACCUACAUACCUACAUACAUACAUACCUAC